AGUGCAACCGCACGGGCACCCGCGCCCGGCCUGCCUGUUCGUCCCCGGGGCGCACCCGCGUCCGCUCCGGUCGCUGCCGGCUCCCGGCCGGACCAGCGGCCUCUCCAUCCCGCCCGCCGGCGCUCGGGUCGAUGCCACGGCCGGGGAUGCCCAGCGCUCCGCAGGCGCCCGCGCGGCCCCCCAAAGAAGCCCCCGGGCAAGGACCCUGCGCUGGGCGCGCCAUGGCGGGCGCCGGCGGGGACGCGGUGCAGGUAACGAGGGCCGGGGGGCGGCGGGGCCCCGGCACCGCUCCGAGAGCUCCCCGCCACCGCGGGGUGAGGCUCUUCUGGAACCCGGGUAUGAUGUCCCUGGCAGAGCAUAAAGGGUAUUGUGAUGGGUUACAUCCAAGGAAUCUUAUCCCAGAGCUUUGUAGACUGUUUUAUGAUUUAGGUUGGGUAACAGGAACUGGUGGAGGAAUCAGCCUGAAACAUGGGGAUGAAAUCUACAUCGCUCCUUCAGGAGUCCAAAAGGAAAGAAUACAGCCAGAAGAUAUGUUUGUUUGUGAUAUGAAUGAACAGGACAUCAGUGGUCCUCCACUGCACAAGAAACUAAAGAAAAGCCAGUGCACACCACUUUUUAUGAAUGCCUACACUAUGAGAGGGGCAGGCGCAGUGAUCCAUACACAUUCCAAGGCUGCUGUUAUGGCUACCCUUCUUUACCCAGGGAGUGAGUUCUCUAUUACCCAUCAGGAGAUGAUAAAAGGAAUCCAGAAGUGUACUUCAGGAGGCUAUUACAGAUACGAUGAUACACUAGUGGUUCCUAUUAUUGAGAAUACACCAGAAGAGAAGGAUCUCAAGGAGAGAAUGGCACGUGCAAUGGAAAAAUACCCAGACUCUUGUGCUGUCUUGGUCAGACGUCACGGUGUUUAUGUAUGGGGAGAGACAUGGGAAAAAGCCAAAACAAUGUGUGAAUGUUAUGACUACUUGUUUGAUAUCGCAGUGCAGAUGAAGCAGCAUGGGCUAGAUCCUUCAAAACAUCCAGCAGGAGAAAAUGGGAUCUUGUAAAUGUCAACAGCAUUUAUAUUCAGGUUUCUUACAUGAUAAUGGGAAUUCCAGCUUUCACCCCACAUUAUUGAAGCCAGAAGGGGGUGCUGAUCCUCAGCUGAUCGACAAAUGUCAAAGGAAGCAGGAACUUUUAACUGUUAAACGCACCCAAUAAGAAAAGGAGAGUUAAAAAAACCCCAACUACUGAACAGUUACUGCAAUUUACAAGUCCUGUUGAAUGCCACAGCAGGAGGAAUGAAAAUUCAGAUGCAAAAAUAUUUUUGAAAAACUUCGGAGAAAUAAUGUCACAUUUUGGUUUUGUGCCUUAAAAAUUCAUAUUUCAACAACCUGCAUUUAUUGAUCCUGCUCUAAUGCUACUUCAUUGAACUUGAAAUAAGUCUCUAUUUCUGAAAGUUAUUGUAGCUUUUAUUCUUUGGAAAAAAAAGUGAGGACAACCCCUAAUUAGAAGUUAAUAAAGCUUAAAGCAUUGUUUGAACUGUUGAUUCCUUCAUUCCAUGUUCAUGUUUUUGAUUUUUUUGCUUUUUUUAAAUUAAGCCUGUAGCAUAUGUAUUUUUAAAUUUUCCUAAUUGUCAUUGUAAUGAGAAGGAAGUUUUAUACCAUGCAUUUUGUACUUGUUUUUGAGGGGCUGCUCUGGGUCUUACUUCUUUAAAUUCCUGCACUCUGAAUAACAGCUUUUAAUGACCUCUGCUUAGGCCCCCCCCAACGUAGAUUUAAUCAAACUGCUCAUUAAAACACAGACUUGCAUAAUUAUGACGCUUUGUGUCUUCUUUCAAAAUCUUCUGGAAUGGCCCCCUGGUGGCAUCAGCAAAAGCCUUGAUUGACCAAAUUUCUAAUCAAGUAUUGAGGCCUCAGUCCCGAGGGUGAACUGAGACAGGGUAAAUGUCAGCUGACCCUGUUUUCUGCUUGGAUCAUGCAUCCCUACCACUUCCCUUUCCAUCAUCUCUGGCACUUUUUUUGAGCUUACAUGAGGUGAAUUAAUUCUUCAACCCAAAAUAGAACUAUUGUGGGAGUGGGGGAAAGAAAUGUUUCAAUUAUCCUACUAAGCCACUGGUAAAAAAACUGAAUGAAGUCAAAGGUGGGUCCAAAGAGAACCAGAUCCAGGGCAAGAAGAGAUGGCUGAUGCCAGAGAUGGCAGACACCACUUCCCCCUUUUUCUGGGGAUGACAAUUAAGGUCAGUGUUUUGUGUACCUUAGGCAUGUUUGCCCUUCCCUCUUUACGUAGCUCCGUACCUUCAGUGUGCAACCUUUAACCAUUAGAGGGACCUUGGCUGUUGUGAAAUAAUGAUUAUCACUAAGGAACUGCAGGUUGUUUGAUAUAAGUUUAUUGAUAUGUUUUUUUCAUUAUUAGACACUUGUUUGUCAGUGGCAAAUACUUGGCAGUGAUUCUACAUCUUCUGAGUCUGUGUGGAUUGCAGUAAGAACUUGUGUGAAAAUGCUGGUUUUUAGAGCAGACAGUGACUUUGGACAGGCUGCUUCACUUAAGCAUAAAAUAUCUCUGAUUUGUGUUCAAGACAAGAGGUGCAACUGACCUAAAAGGAAAGCAGACUAUAAUUAGCUUUCCUUUAUGGAUGCUAACUAUGAAGCAGGCAGCACAGUGCCUGUGGAAUAGCAGGCUACAUAGCUUUCUCAGUCUCACCUGAGAAAGUGGCCUGGAAAUUCAUAAGGAGGAAUUAAAACAAUCCUCAGAGACAGAAAACAGCCUUGCAGGUGCUGUUUGUCAGUUUCUUGUUUUCUUGCAAGAGACGGUCGAGGGGUGGUGUACCCCACUGACCAAUGAUGGUGAUGUGUUAGUUUACUAACCAAUAAGAGUUUUACUUUUCUGUACUUUCACAUAUCGGUCUAUAAAAAAAAUCUGAGGUAAUAAACCAGAGGAAAUUCUCCUGUUUGAGUCC